AUGGAUGGUGACUCUGACAUUGAUGUCUCUGGGUUAAGAGAUGGACUGCAUAAGGUGGCAAACGAAGAAACAGAUACCACCGCCGCCAACGAUGAUGUGCCAUAUGGCGCUACUUGCCGUAUAUGUCGUGGAGACGCUACCGACGAUAACCCUCUUUUUCACCCUUGCAAAUGCAAGGGCUCCAUUAAAUACAUGCAUGAGUCCUGUUUGCUGGAAUGGGUAGCUUCGAAAAAUAUAGACAUUUCCAAACCUGGCGCGGAUGUGAAAUGUGACAUUUGUCACUAUCCCAUUCAAUUCAAAACAAUCUAUGCAGAGAACAUGCCCGAGAAGAUACCCUUUUCCUUACUAUUAUCCAAGAGUAUUUUCACAUUUUUUGAGAAAUCUCGUUUGGCUAUAACUAUUGGGCUGGCUGCUGUAUUAUACAUAAUUGGUGUUCCUUUGGUAUGGAACAUGUUUGGUAAAUUAUACACUAUGAUGCUAGACGGAUCUUCGCCUUACCCUGGUGACUUAAUGAAGAGUUUAAUAUACGGUUACGAUCGCUCAGCGACUCCAGAUUUGACCACAAGGGCGAUUUUUUACCAACUUUUGCAAAACCAUUCAUUUACAUCUUUACAAUUUAUUAUGAUUGUGAUAUUACAUAUAGCGUUGUACUUCCAGUAUGACAUGAUAGUAAGGGAAGACGUUUUCAGCAAGAUGGUUUUCCACAAGAUCGGUCCAAGGUUUUCUCCAAAGGACUUGAAAUCCCGAUUAAAGGAGAGAUUCCCAAUGAUGGAUGAUAGAAUGGUAGAAUAUUUGGCAAGAGAAAUGAGGGCCCAUGAUGAAAAUCGCCAAGACCAAGGCCAUGAUAGACUGGACAUGCCAGCUGCUGGUGCUGAUAACAACAACAACAUCAACCGUCCCGAAGGUGUUGAUAGACCACUGCAGGAUAUUCGUGAACACCGUUAUUUCGAGAAUCUCCGUCAUGUUGAUGAACUAGAUAAUGAUGUGAACAGUAACGACGAUUCGGAUAAUAGUCUGCCACUAGAUGAUGACUCAUCCAGCAAUAUAGCCGAGCCCCUAAGUGACCAUAAUCAGAACGACGACGAGGGCGAUGAUAAUGAAGAAGAAGAGCACCAACAACAGCCGGAGGAAGAAAUAGAUUAUCGUGACCAUGUAGAUCCGAAUCCAAUGGACAUGUGGGCCAACCACCGUGCCCAGAAUGAAUUUGAUGACAUAGUAGCUGCUCAACAAAACGCCAUAAAUAGGCCGAACGCUCCAGUCUUCAUUCCACCUCCAGCCCAAAAUAGAGCCGGCAAUGUCGACCAAGAUGAACAAGAUUUCGGCGCAGCUAUUGGUGUACCGCCGGCACAAGCUAAUGCAGAUGAGCAAGGUCAAGGCCCCUUGGUGAUAAAUCUGAAAUUGAAACUGUUCAAUGUCAUUGCUUAUUUUGUGAUUGCUGUAGUUUUCACUGCUUUAUAUCUAGCCAUUUCUUAUUUGGUCCCAACAUUAAUUGGAUUUGGCUUGUUAAAAGUUUAUUUUGGUGUCAUUCAGAUCACUUUGCGUGGCUUAUCCAAUCUUUAUUACCUCUCAAAAAUUAACAUAGCCUACAAUGGGUUGAUUAAGCUAGUUCCUCAACUGGAUACCACAAUGAACUGGAUUUCGAACCACAUGAUUCACAAUAUCAUCAACCUCUACAAUGGUUACACUAAAAACACCAUGAAACAUUCAAUUUUCAUCCGUGCUUUACCCGCUUUAACAACAUAUUUAACAUCGAUUAGUAUUGUUUCUGCUUCGUCUAAUCUAGUGUCUAGGGGCUAUGGUCGUGAAAAUGGGAUGAGUAAUUCGACCAGGAGACUAAUUUUCCAAAUUUUGUUUGCGCUCAAGUGCACUUUUAAAGUUUUUACAUUAUUUUUCAUUGAAUUGGCCGGAUUCCCCAUUUUAGCAGGUAUCAUGUUGGAUUUCUCACUAUUCUGCCCGAUUUUGGCAUCAAAUAAUCAAAUGCUUUGGGUUCCUUCAAUAUGCACUAUAUGGCCUCCAUUUUCUCUCUUUGUGUAUUGGACAAUUGGUACCCUCUACAUGUAUUGGUUUGCAAAGUAUAUCGGAAUGAUUAGAAAAGAUAUAAUAAGACCAGGUGUUCUGUUUUUCAUCAGAUCCCCCGAAGACCCAAAUAUCAAAAUUUUACACGAUAGCCUAAUCCACCCAAUGGGUAUUCAAUUAUCAAGAUUAUGCUUAUCCAUGUUCAUAUACGCUAUAUUCAUUGUCCUUGGGUUCGGUUUCCAUACCAGAUUUCUCUUCCCAUUUGUUAUCAAGUCUACCUUAUUGUCGGUCCCUGAAGCUUAUAAACCAACAUCUAUUGUUUCGUGGAAGUUUGCUACAAUUUUAUUAACACUAUAUUUUACAAAAAGAAUUUUAGAAUCUAGUUCCUACGUCAAGCCUCUAUUGGAAAGGUACUGGAAGACAAUUUUUAGAUUGUGUUCGAGAAAAUUGCGUUUAUCAUCAUUCAUCUUAGGUAAAGAUACCCCAACCGAAAGAGGUCAUAUUGUUUACCGUAAUAUGUUCUACAAAUAUAUUGCUGCCAAAACUGCAGAAUGGUCAAAUCAAGAACUUUUCACUAAACCAAAGACUUUGGAACAAGCAGAAGAACUUUUCGGACAAAUUCGCGACAUUCAUGCUUAUUUUAUCCCGGAUGGUGUUUUAAUGCGUGUUCCUUCUUCUGAUAUUGUAUCCAGAAACUACGUGCAAACGAUGUUUGUUCCUGUCACCAAAAGUGAUAAAUUAUUGAAACCAUUGAAUUUGGAAAGGAUAAAAGAAAGAAACAAACGUGCUGCGGGUGAGUUCGGUUAUCUGGAUGAACAAAACACAGAAUACGACCAGUAUUAUAUCGUUUAUGUUCCUCCUAAUUUCCGUUUAAGGUACAUGACUCUACUUGGUUUGGUGUGGUUAUUUGCGUCGAUUUUGAUGAUUGGUGUUACGUUUGCUAGUCAAGCAUUAAUAAACAUUGCCUGUAGCUUUGGCAUACUUCCAGUCAUAAAACUGGUACUGGGUGGAAACAAUAGAUUUUAUGUCGUGUGGAAGGAACUUUCCGACAUUACUUAUUCCCAUCUGAACAUUUAUUAUGUUUGUAUUGGAUCCAUUUGUAUAUCUAAAAUAUCCAAGGAUAUUUUACAUUUCACAGAAGGCCAAAACACUCUGGAUGAACACAAUGUCGAUGAAAAUGCACCAGAAGAGGUGGAACAUGAUAUCCCUGAAAGAGACGCCAACAACGCUCCUGUUGAUAAUUUCAACAAUGCGGAAGAGGGCCAGGGUAUAUUAAUGACCAUCAUCAAUAGUGUAUUUGAUAGUAUGUUGGUAAAGUACAACCUGAUGGUGGCUAUUGCAAUCGUGAUUGCCUUUAUCAGAACUAUAACUUCAUGGAUUGUUCUAACCGACGGCAUUCUAGCCUGUUACAACUAUAUCACUAUCAGAGCGUUAGGGAAUUCUUCAUACACCAUUGGUAAUUCCAAAUGGUUCAAGUACGAUGAAAACGUUUUAUUUGUUGUUUGGAUUAUUUUAUCGAUGGUCAAUUUUGGAGCUGGGUUCAAAUCACUAAAGCUAUUCUUCAGAAACAGAAAUACCAGCAAAUCAAACCUUUUGAAAACUAUGGCAUUAGAGCUCUUCAGACAAGGUAUCCUACACAUGGCAAUUUACAUAUUGCCUAUUAUUACUCUUUCCUUCCUAUUUCUUCACGAUGUUCCUGCUAAGCAAAUCAUUGACGUCAGGCAGGAAUCCAGAAGUUUUGCUCUAUCGCUUAAUGAAUCUUUCCCCACAUGGACCAAAAUUCAGCACAUCUACUUUGGAUUAUUGGUAUCACUGGAGUCAUUUACGUUCCUCUUCAAGGCAACGGUACUGUUUAUCAAAUGGUUCAAGAGUACUGUACAGAACGUCAAAGACGAAGUUUACACCAAAGGUAGAGCUUUAGAAAAUUUACCUGAGGAAAAUUGA